CACACUCUGGCCUCUGUCUCUGGGCAGGAGUCCAAGAGCCACUGUGGGGCUGUAUCCUUCAACUCCCAGGAAGAACUACAAGGUUCGUAUAUACAAGAGAUCCAGACAGAGGCAUUUCUAUGCAAAGCUCAGAUUGUACAAUAGACUGGCCUGUUUGUCCUAUGCAGAAGGCAGAAAGGUUCAGAACUCUUGUUCUAUGAGGGGAUCAGGAAUUUGGGGGCACCUCUUGGCACAUGCGCACAGCAUACUCUGACCCUCUGGCUUUCUUCGUUUGCUGGCCUGCGUCCUUUCCGUGCGCAGAAGGCUCUAAACUUGGAAUCCUAGGUACACAUUUCAAAAACGAAGGCACUGCGGAAGUAGGAUCUAAAAGGUGUUGCCGUUAGGGUCUGUGAUCUGAAUUAAAGAGGAACCAUCUACCUCCCCCAGCCUCAGAAGAUCUUCAUUUGGGAUCAACUGUUUAAUCAACUUCUGCCACCACUUAACACACUUCCCGUUUAUCUGCUGGUCCCCAGGAUGUUCAAGGAAUAUUUCCAGUACAAGGGGAUCAGCUUUCCUCAAAUCAUCUACUCCGAAAAGGUGUUGCAGAUGGUGGAAAACAAUUUCCAAGUUCGAGACGAUGAUAUUUUCAAUGUCACCUACCAGAAAUCAGGGACCGUGUGGAUGGUGGAGAUUUUAAGCCUCAUCUGUAGCAACGGCGACCCCACCUGGUGCAGAACAGUGCCCAACUGGGACCGGGCCCCGUGGUACGAGACGGUGAUCGGAUACCGAACAUCUUUGACCAACAAGUCGCCGCGCAUUAUCAGUUCCCACCUGCCGGUGCAGCUCUUUGCAAAGUCCUUCUUCAAAUCCAAAGCCAAGAUCAUCUACACAGUCAGGAACCCCAAAGAUGUUGUGGUCUCCCUCUAUCAUUUCGCCUCGAUGUUUCGCCCCUAUAAAGACCCUGGCACCUUGGAUCAGUUCCUCGAGGGCUUCCUAAAGGGAGAUGUGCCCUUUGGAUCCUGGUUUGACCACGUUAAAGGCUGGCUGAACUUGAAGGACAAGGAAAACUUCUUCUUCAUCACCUACGAGGAGCUGCAAGAGGACCUCCGGGGGAGCAUAGUCCGCAUCAGCCAGUUCCUGGGCAAGAACUUAGACGAUGCAGUUAUUGACUCCGUGGUGGCCAACGCUUCCUUUGAAGCCAUGAAGAGCAAUAAGAUGUCUAACUUCUCGCUCUCUCCGCGCUUCCUCAUGAACCAGAAGAAAAGUGCCUUUCUCCGCAAAGGGAUCUCGGGUGACUGGAAGAACCAUCUGACUGCUGCACAGAGUGAAUGUUUCGACCAGGUCUAUCAGGAGCGUACACAAGACCUAAAUGUCACAUUUCCAUGGGACAAAGAAUGAAGCCGGCUUUCCCCGCCAAUUUCUUCCCUCACUGGACUGAUUAAUGACUCGCCAGGAUACUAAUUGUGUAGCACAACACUCCGUAGAUUAGUGGGAACAUCUGGAAUGAGACAGCCAGGAAUAGUAAGAACUGGGAGCCGGGGCUCUCGGAAGUGAGUGGGGAUGUGGUGCAUUAGAUUCCAGAGGUGACCAAACUAUGGCUCGGAUGGGUUGAAGGCACAUGAUGCAGCAGCCUUGCUGAAGCUAAGCAGCCCUGGGUAUGGGCAGUGCCUGGAUGGGAGAACAUCUGAUUUCCCCACAUACGCCAUCUGGAUGGAAGAACGUUGGGAUAUAAAUGUAAUAAAA